AUCCUCCAACUCUCUAGAUUUCUCCCAUAUACAUAAACCUUAGUAUCUACAAAAUAUAUAAAUGUAGAGAAAAAUAUAAGACAGGAGGAAAAGGCAGAUUUUGAUACUAAAGAAGAUUCCACAAGAGUAACAUCACUAUAUAUAAUUUUGGCCACAAAAGUUUAGUGGAAAGUGAUUUGAAAGAUCAGCUGGCUGCUUGUAAGAUAUAUUACCACAUACUGAGAAGUAAAAGAAAGAAAAGAGAGGCUGUGGAUGCAAGAUUUUCUUGAAAAAUUAGCUCAUGAUUCUCUGAUCAGAAGAUAGCUGAUAAUGGAACAGGGUUCCUUGGCCUACGUGGGUCCCGAUUUGUGGUUCUAUUAUGUUCUUAUAUCAGUUUCUGGUGAAGGAUACUAUUGAGGAUUAAACAUGGAGAAUGGUCAUGAAUCACUCAGCAAUGGAAAACCAGCUGAUCCUGGUCUCCAAAUUAUUAGGCACCCCUCUUACCAAUCGUGUGGCAAAUUAUCAUUAUCUUGGUUAGAUAUAAGAGUUUUCUAUAUUAGAAUCAGCAAUUUUAUGGUGGACGAUUCGACCCCAGAAUAUCUUACUCUCAACCAUAUUCCUCUUUGUCCUGAUACACUGCUUGAAGUCAAUGGAAGAAGAUGUUCCAUGUAUUCAGAAGGAGCAUCUUGCCUCCUUCGAAGGGACCGGGUUGAUAAGAAAUCUGAAGAAGCUACAUUUGUGAGCACGGAUAGCAUAAAGCUGACUCGAAGUGUGAAAUUUGAGGUUUUCAAUAAGGAUGAUCUUGUGCUCUCAGGGGUUUUAGAGAUGUCCAAUAGCAAUGGCUUUGUUGGGGAGGCUAAAAACAGCGUCAAGAGAUGGAAUAUGAAUUGUGAAUCAGUUAUGAGUGCCGGCACUGGUUUUCUGAAGGGUAAACAAAUUAUAGGUUCUGAACCAUUGUCACCAACGAUUGAAGUCUUUAUUACCGGUUGCUUCUCCGGCACACCUAUCAUCUUAACCAAGAGUCUGCAGCUCAAUCACAGGAAGAAGCACAACAGGAAGGGUAUGUUAGACUCAAUUCCGGAGCAUGAAACAGAUGAGCAGCAUAAAGAUGUCUCAUCUGGACUUGAUCUUCAGGUUGAAGAGUAUAGUAAAUAUGAACCAGAAAGCGAAGAAGACUACAAUAGCAUGUACUGGAGACAGACUGAAUAUAUGGAUGGUGAAGAUGGAGAACUAUCCUGGUUCAAUGCCGGGGUCCGUGUUGGUGUAGGGAUUGGCCUUGGCAUUUGGGUAGGAGUUGGAAUAGGAGUUGGUCUGUUAGUCCGCACCUACCAGACAACUACGCGAAACUUCAGAAGACGGUUUGUAUGAUAUGUACUGCUGCAUUUAUUUUUUGCAUAAACCAAACGGCUAACAACAGAGAUAUGCUUGUCUUGAGAGUGUGAAUUCUACUUGUUAAACAGUUUCAGUGUUGCUAACCAUCAUACAUUUUCAUGUAAACCUUACUUUCUGCUGCCGAGUCGAGUCUUUUUGUUUUGGAUUUAGGUGUGCAACUUCUUAGUGUUGUUGAUGUUCCAUUCUGUUGUUGAGGUGUGUCCAAGGCUGCAAAUAUUAUAUAAUCAGUUGAACAAAGUUACUAUGUUGAGCUUUUUUGGGCUUGUAGUUCUAUGUAAUUUUGUCUUUGUAAAGUUUUAAAUAAUGAGAAACUAAUGGCUUGGUAUUA